AGAGCAAACACAGACCAGAGAUAAGAGCUGUUGAGCUCCUCUGUCCUUCUCUGCAGUUAUUAUGUCCGUGGCAGCAGCAGCAGGUGAUUGGUAGCAUCUUCAGCCGCUCCAUAUGGCUUUGUCUGUAAUGUGCGGCGCAACAAAAUGGGAUGUUUUUGCAUAUUAGAAUUAAUUGACUUUGUAUUUUGUGUCUCUAAUUAAAUGCACAUUAUUGUGUUUUAGCUGCAGAUCAGUUAACACCUGAAUCGACUCGCAUGCUGGCGAGUGUUUUUAUUUGCAGAUGAACAAUCCAGAAACAGUUUACAUGUUUUAUAUGUGUGUAAUUAUUUAUCCAAAAAGCUCAUGUGUGCUGAAAGACAAAUGUGGUCUAAUUGGCCCCUCCCUCUCUGAGUGCAUCAGGAAGCCACAAUACCCAUCCUCCUCCUCCUCCUCCUCCUCCUCCUCUGGUCCUCCAUGCCCCUUAAUUACAAUGACCAGUUUGAUGGAUUAAGUCGACUGUAUGCAAAAGACAAGGUUUGCUGAAAUCACCGCUUAAUGUACCCACCUGAGCCGUCUCUAUUGCCACUUUUCGGGCGUCUCCCUCGCAACAAAACGCUGCUUUAAAUGAAUUGAUUGAGGCUUCUUUUUACUGGACUCGGGCCAAGAUACAGGCUGUCUAGCACAUUAGGCACCACCCCCCUUUGCAGGUUUGAAAUGUGAGCUGCCUGCAUUUUUUUCCCUCUCCUCCUCUCCUCUCCUCCCUCCCUCCAUCCCUUCCCCUCCCCUCCUACCCUCCCCUCUCUCUCCCUUCUGGCGAAGUGGCUGUGGCUGCUUCUGUGUGAUGUGUGUAUUGGGAGAGCAAGCAAUGGAUCACUAGACAGAAAAAGAAGAUACAUCAAUAACUGCUGCAUACAUCCGAGAAACCAACUGCUGCAGGAGGUGUCAGUCUGACUCAGCUCUCCUGUCCUCGUGGUGCGAAGAGCUGGGACGCCUCCUCCUCCUCCGUCACCAGAAGAACAGGCAGAACGAGCCUCCGGGAAAAGUGCCCAUGCAGCCCCCCAUGAGCUCCAUGAAGCCCGGCCUCUCGCACGGCAGAGAUGGGUCUUUUCCAUACGACUCGGUUCCCUGGCAACAGAACACCAAUCAGCCUCCAGGUUCGUUGUCGGUGGUGACUACCGUCUGGGGCGUGACCAACACGUCGCAGAGCCAGGUGUUGGGGAAUCCCAUGGUGAACAACAACAAUCCCAUGAACCCUGGAGGCAACCCUAUGGGCUCGGGUAUGUCUGGUAACAACCAAGGGAUGAACUCUCCUCAGUUCCCCGGUCCUCAGCAGCAGUUCCCCAACAAGGGCAACUCCAACCAGGCCUACAUGCAGCAGGGCAUGUACGGACGACCCAACUACCCCGGUGGAGGAGGCUUUGGUGGCAAUUACCCUGGAGGGCCGAACGCUGGACCUGGAGGAAUGGGCAUCCCUCAACACUCCCGCCCUCAGUCGGACUUCACCCAGCCUGCCGCUGCUGCCGCCGCCGCCGCAGUUGCUGCCGCCGCCGCCACAGCAACCGCCACUGCCACAGCGACAGUAGCUGCCCUGCAGCAGGAAACCCAGAACAAGGACAUGAACCAAUACGGACCGAUGAGUUCCUCUUUCCAGAUGGGACCAAACCAGGCGUACAACAGCCAGUUCAUGAACCAGCCAGGACCCCGCGGCCCUCCGUCCAUCCCUGGGAACAUGGGCACUGGCAUGAAUGCGUCAAGCAUGAGCGGGCCCCCCAUGGGAAUGAACCAGCCCAGAGGCCCAGGCAUGGCGCCUUUCGGGGCCCACGGCCAGAGGAUGCCCCAGCAAGGCUACGCAGGGCCCCGGCCUCAGGGCAUGGGGAUGCAGGGCAUGAAAAGGCCGUACCCGGGGGAGCCAAGCUAUGGUGGGCAGCAGUAUGGACCAAACGGCCAGUUCCCUAACCAGCAGGGGCCGUACCCCACACCCAACCCCUCGAGGCCGCUCCCGUCCCCCAACUACCCGGGCCAGAGGAUGCCAGGACAGCAGCUGCAGGGCCAAUACCCGCCACCCAGUGGUGCCAUGGGCCAGUACUACAAGCAAGAACCACCUUUUAAUGGCCAAACAAAUAACUUCUCUGGGAGUGGAUAUCAGUACAGCCAGGGUAACAUGAAUGGGCCGCCCAGACCGGUGGGUAACUACCCUCACUCCCCAGUGCCAGGCAACCCCACCCCUCCGAUGACCCCAGGAAGUAACAUCCCUCCAUACCUGUCGCCAAACCAGGACGUGAAGCCACCCUUCCCUCCUGACAUCAAACCAAAUAUCACCGCUCUCCCUCCCCCUCCAGCCAACCACAACGAGGAGCUGCGCCUGACGUUUCCAGUGCGGGACGGGGUCGUCCUGGAGCCCUUCAGGCUAGAGCAUAACCUGGCUGUCAGCAACCACGUCUUCCACUUACGGCCCUCCGUACACCAGACGCUCAUGUGGAGAUCGGACCUGGAGCUGCAGUUUAAGUGCUACCACCACGAAGACCGUCAGAUGAACACCAACUGGCCGGCGUCGGUGCAAGUCAGCGUAAACGCCACGCCGCUCACCAUCGAGCGAGGCGACAACAAGACCUCCCACAAACCCCUGCACUUGAAACACGUAUGCCAGCCGGGAAGGAACACGAUCCAGAUCACAGUCACGGCCUGCUGCUGUGUGAGUACACAAAUCUGCAGAACUAACAAAAAGUCGCACUUGUUUGUGCUGCAGCUCGUCCACAGGCCCUCAGUUCGCUCCGUCCUCCAGGGCUUACUGAAGAAGAGGCUACUGCCUGCAGAGCACUGCAUCACCAAAGUUAAGAGGAACUUCAGCAGCGUAGCGGCGUCGUCGGGGAACCAGACGCUCAACGGAGAGGACGGCGUGGAGCAGACGGCCAUUAAGGUUUCCCUCAAAUGUCCAAUCACCUUCCGGCGAAUACAGCUUCCAGCAAGAGGACACGACUGCAAACACGUUCAGUGUUUUGAUUUGGAAUCAUAUUUACAACUCAACUGUGAGCGGGGGACUUGGCGAUGUCCUGUAUGCAAUAAAACAGCAUUGUUAGAAGGACUCGAAGUGGACCAGUACAUGUGGGGAAUUUUGAACGCCAUUCAAAACUCGGAGUUUGAGGAGGUGACCAUUGACCCGACGUGUAGUUGGCGGCCGGUGGCUAUUAAAUCUGAUAUCCACAUCAAGGAGGAUCCAGAUGGACCGCUCGCCAAGAGGUUUAAGACUAUGAGCCCCAGCCAGAUGAUCAUGCCCAAUGUGAUGGAGAUGAUAGCUCAGCUCGGCCCCGGACCGUCGCCGUACCCGUUGUUAUCGUCGCAGCAAGGGGGCAACAGCGAAUACGGCAACCAAGGCAACAGUUACCAGGGGCACGGGAACUUUGACUUCCCUCACGGCACCCCUGGCGGUACGUCGAUGAAUGACUUCAUGCACGGUCCCCAGCUGUCUCACCCACCGGACAUACCCAACAGCCUGAUGUCCCAAGACAAGCCACUCUCACACAACAUGCCUGACUCAAUACCUCACUCUGCAGGCAACGACCAGUUGCACGGUCCUCUGCAGAGCUUACACCCAUCUCCGCACCCUGGGAGCCAAUCAGGGCAGCAGCAGCUACACCACAGCGGGCCUCCUCAGCCGUCACGACAAGCACCGCCUCCUCAGCAGCAGCAGCAACAACAACAGCAGCAACAGCAACAACAACAACAGCAACAACCGCCCGGCCCCAACAACCAUCCCCACGGCGACCUAUCCUUCAACCCCUCCAGCAGCUUGGACAGCCAAGCGGGGUCGGACAUGCCCGAGCCAUCAUUAGACCUUCUUCCAGAGCUCGCCAACCCAGACGAGCUGUUGUCGUACCUGGAUCCGCCAGACCUCCCCAGCAAUAGCAACGACGACCUUCUAUCGCUCUUCGAAAACAACUGAGGCAAAUUCAGACACACCAUGAACUUUUCUGACUGCCUGCAGUUUCCCCCCCGAGAACCCGGGGGCGGUCGCUCAGUACUUGAUAAACACAAAGAUGCACUCCCUUUCUCUUCUUCCUCUUGUACAGUUUUCAUCGGCCAGCACAGAUUGACUGAAAGAGGUUCAAACUCCCAAGACGCGGCGCGGCGAUACUUUUUGAACUGUGCAGCUAUACUCAGUUGUUUUUUUUACGCCACACACAGGUGUUAUGUGUGCACAUUUAGGAACGUGUUGUAGCAUUUUUUAUUCAUGUUUUGUUUCCUUUUUGAGAAGAAAAAAAAGGAAUUCACUGUAUAAAAAAAACCCUGCGCUAUCUGGCCAGUGUUGCGCUACGUCCAUAUUGUUAUUCCAAACUGAGAGGCCACAGCUUCCUGGUGUCACAGCUCCAUUCCCUGACUGGUUCCGGUUAGCCGCACUGUUUCUGUCCCACCACACAUCAUUUAAAAGCACAAGAGAUUUUGGCAAUGCAAAAAGGAAAAAUCUGUCUUUGAGAAAAAGAAAAAACAAGAUCAGAUCAGCGUAUGUCUGUCCUUGACAAAAUGUUUUUUAAAUAAUUUUUUGCUCAAAGAUUUUUUGGGAAUGAUCGGCUUCCACUUUGUCUACGAUUGUGAUACAUACAUAUUUUUGUCAAAAAGAGAUAUCCUGCUUCUACAGUCCUCUGAGGGUUGACUGCUUGAACGAAGAUUUUGGCCCCACUAAAACAAGUUUAUACAGCAUACCUGUGCUUCUACACACUAUAUAGUUCUCCUGUGCAGAGGAGCGAUUUUAAAGGUACAAUAUAAGAGAUCCUGUAAAGAUCCCGCUGCGUUUAUUGCUUCCUGCUACGACUCCCUUCCACGCCGUUUGCUCUGCGGUGUCGCUCGUGUCGGGCGUUUUUGCAACGUUGCAUCUCUCUCCCUGUUAAAUGAUGUGCUGUUAAAGUAGUCUACAAAGUGCAUGUGUGCCAAGCCCUUGUCUAGUGCUGUUCCAAGUGGUAAAAAAACGAAAAAAGAAGAUAGUGUGGUUUUUAUCAGUUGCUGUUCCCACGGCUCUUUUUAUUGUUUGUUUCUGUCAGAUUUAGUAUGAUUUAUUUAACACUAACAUUGAAGGGAUAAUGCCGAUAUCAGCGAUACAUUUAUCAUGUAUUUGCUGGAUAUACUGUAUUAUGUUUUGUUUUCUUAUUUUUUGUGUCGCUGCAUAAUUAAACUAUCCGUAAAUCUUUUUGGGGGAAACUGCUCACCAAAGUUGGAGGGAUGAGAACGGAGAGGUUUGUGUUUGCUUGGUCCUGUGUGAGACUGCGAGUGUGUGUGUGUGUGUGUGUGUGAGACUGUGUGUGUGUGUGUGUGUGUGUUUCUAUUAGUGUGAUGGGAGGAAAUAUUGAUUUCAAAGAUAUAGGGGGAGGAAAAAUACAGUUUAUCCAUCACUGCUGUUCAAGAAGUGGUUUUUAAAAAGCAGUAUUGUUGCAGACCUUUUUUUGCCACGUUUGUUUUCAGUUUCACUUUUUUGAGGAGAGUGCUGUUCAGUAUGCAAAUGUAUUAUUUUUUAAGAAAUGCUAUUGUACUGUAAAUAUCAUUGUGAAUAUUUUUGUAUCAUCUUGAUAAUGUUUGUCCUUUUUGAUCAUUAGUCGUCCGACCUAACAACAUAUACGCUCCCAGACUCCCAUCUAACCACUGACUUUGUUUGUAACCAGCAUACAGACGGCUGUCUCGCGUCCUCGUCAUGGGGAGGACAGUCCAAAUGUCUCAUAAGCUAUUUCCUGCAGGUCGCCGUGCUUUCUAGUCACUUUCCUCCCAGUGCACUCUGUUGCAAACCUGUCGUUUAUUGACAGGUGUCACCUUUUUAUGUGUCCCCCUCUCUUCCCAGCAUCAGCUCACAGUGAUUGUGUAGCAUCAUUUCAGUUUUGACACGUUUGACGCAAUAUUUUCUUUCACGCUCGGAUGUUUAUUGAUUGAAAAACGUUGAAUUUAUGUUAACAUUUCAUCAGUGAUACUGAACAGUAACGGUUUUUAAAAAGAUGUGGUAUCAGCUGGCUUUCAGUGUAAUUAGUGAGCUAUGUGAAUAUCAUAAUUGUUGCUAAUUGUCAAUACACAGUGGUAUUUUAAAGAUAUAUCACAACCAUAUUUUAAAGAAAUCCAUGAUAUUGUUUAUAUUUUUGUUAUAGAAAAAUGUGGCUUUUUUAAAAAAGCACGAGACCAUAUACAUUUUUAUCCCCUUUUUUUGUUUUUUGGUAAAUUAUUUUGUACUGGUUUUCUUAUUAAUCUGUAAGGCUAGAAAUCCAAUUUCUUUCAACUGUAGCAUUGUGCUGAUUUAACCACCCUGGUUUUAUGUAAACAUAAUUUUAAACGUCAUUUUUAAAAGAAAUAUUAUUUGUUCCAGUUCAGCACACUGACAUGUUGUUUCAUAUUUAUGUCACAAAGAGACAUCAAAUAAUCCCUCUUUACACUGCCACAUUUUCAUAUUUUCACGAUCUGAAUUGAAACUUUCGAUCAAUCUCCGUGGUCAUCAUUUCAUAUUUUUGAGCCAAUUCGGUGUACAAGACAGCACCCCAAAAAUCUGUAGUUGCACAAUCACAAUAAAGGGCCAUUUCUGUGGGGGAAGUUGUUUUAAAAAAAUAAAUAAAAAUUAAAAAAAAUACAGAGAGGAAGGGCGCGUUCAUCAUUCUGGCCUGGAAAAGAUGUCGAGGGCAAGGCUAGAUCAAACGUCCCAAGGAUGCCUGUAUAUAUGUAAAUGAAUAUAGAGACAUGUGAACAGAAAUGUAUUCAUUUUCCCUGGGAAUGUGCAUUGUUUCUUCAGAAUAAUAAAAAGCUUGCAACCCCUCUACUGGAAGUGGCUGAAUAUGGAAAAACUUGUUAGUUAGUGUCUGUGGGUAUCUCUCCGGCAUUUUUUGUUCCCCCUCUGUAAUAUACUUUCACCUCUUUUGUUAUAGGGGAACUGGGACAGCUAUGUUUUACAUGUAAUAUUUAGCCUAAAUGUUCUAGUCUGUCACCUGCAUACUCUGAGGUGCUAAAGCUAAAAAAUAAAAAGAGAAAAAACAAGGUUACAAAGAAAAUCGUGGGAGGAAGAUGGUGGGAGGGACGGGUCCAGAAGAUUGUAACCAAAUCCAUAGUUUGUACAAUUUUUUGAUAUCAUGAGCAGUUGGAAAAAUGCUACAAUCUAAGGUGAUUCAUGCAAUGUGGCCAUUGUCUCUAUUGUGUACAUUGUAUGUACAAUCAUUUCAUAUUCUAAACUGGUCAGAAAAUAAAAGGAACUAAUUGUGAUUUUUAGUCUUGCAGAACUGUAUGUAGUUAGAUGAUGUGACAACCUAAUAUUUAUCUAAUAAAUAUGUAUUCAGAUGAUACCUGUA